CCGCCAGUAUAGGUAUUGCUAGUACGUGAUAUCUCGGCGCGAGUAUUAGUGGCUGUAUUAAUAUCGUGUUAUCAGCCUUCAGUGUAAUGUUGCAUAAACAUUAACAUUUGAAAGGUAAUUACAAGAUGUUGAUAUGCAAACAAGGCCCGCGCGAGAUAAUAAUGCGCCUCAGUCAAAUGUCACUUGGCUAUCCAGCCGGCGUCGCGUCGGGCGCCGCGGCCAGUGCUCGCCACGAGGCUUGUGGGCUCGCGCGUCUCCACUCCACACCACGCUGACGAGCUCGGGGCUCGGGACAUGCCUGCAGGCGCGCCGGAGCGGCCGGCCGCGGCCUGACGGUGGCCACUGCGCCUCCGAAGCCGACAACACCGGCAACAUUGCCCACUGACAACGAUAUGAUGGUUGGCGGCGACGCGAUGCGGGGGUGGUGCGCGCGCUGGUGGAGUGGGUGGGGCCGCACGCGCGUGCGCUGGCUGGCGGCGCUGGUGUGCUGGGGCACGCUGGCGGCACUGGCGCUGCCGCGGCUGCAGGUGCCGCCGGCGCACGCGCCGCCGCCCGCGCACCCCGCGCGCCUGCUGCUGCAGUCGGAGCCGGGCGCGUCCACGCCGCCGGCGCACACGCCGCCGCUGCCCGCCACAGACACGCGUGUGCUCUCCGAGGAUGAGUUGCGCGCGGACGCCGAGCGCCGCCUGCCCUCGCUGCCGCUCGCCUACUGGCACAAACACAAGGAUGACAAGAACAAGUACUAUAAGAAGAAAGAGUGCGCGCCGUUCCCGUCCAUAUACGACCUGGAGUUCCACAACACGUACUGGCAGACGCUGCGUGCGAGCGAGGGCGUGUUCCACCUGUACGGCGCGUACUUGGACGUGCGCAACACGUCGCGCAUAGGGCCCGCCGUGCGCAUCCUCGCCGUGCACGACCGCAUCAAGCCCACGCUCGCUACGCACUGCCAGCUCUGGUUCGAGGAGCGCGAGCAGCCCGUGGUGGUGCGCAACCUCGAGUACAAGUACGUGUGGAACAGCAAGUGGGGCAACUUCCGCGACCGCGUUCUGCAGCCGUACCUGCUGGCGUGCGUGCUGCCCGCCGACGUGCGCCACCUGACGCCCGCCUCCGUGUCGCUGGUGGAGAGCCCGUGCGACCGCGCCUCCAACAACCUGCGGGUGCACUACGACCCGCCGCCGCCGCCAGCGCCUCGCGCAGACUUCGCCGUCUGCGUCAAGGGGCUCGACUUUCUGCACGAGGACCUGUCCGUGCGGCUCGUCGAGUGGAUCGAGCUGGUGCGCCUGCUCGGCGCCGAAAAAAUAUUUUUUUACGAACUGCAAGUGCACCCCAACAUAACGAAAGUGCUCGAUUACUAUUCGUCGCUGGGGGCUGUGACGGUGACGCCGAUCACGCUGCCCGGCGGCCAGCCGAACUUGCCCGGCCUGCAGCACAUGUACCUCAAAAAGAAGACGACGCACAAGCGGCAGAUGGAGCUGAUCCCGUACAAUGACUGUCUGUACCGCAACAUGUACCGGUACCGGUGGCUGGCGCUGCUCGACAUCGACGAAGUGAUCGUGCCGCUCGAGGACGCCGACUGGAGCUCGUUGAUGCGACGCGUGCUGCCGCUGACCACGCCGGCCGCCGGCAAGCCCGCGCGCUCCUCCUACCACGCGUCCAACCUGUACUUCCUGGACUCGCUGCGGCACGAGCACGGCUGGGAGGAGGGCGCGCCACGGUACAUGCACAUGCUGCAGCACGUGUACCGCACGCGCAACUUCACCAAGCCCGGCCAGUACGUGAAGGCGUUCCACGAGACGGACCGCGUGCUCGCGCUGCACAACCACUUCCCGCUGGCGUGCCUCGGCGGCGCGUGCUCCUCGUACGCGCUCGAGACGCGCCACGCGCGCCUGCAGCACUACCGCGCCGACUGCGUCACGGCGCUGAGCAAGACGUGCGCCGAGCUGCGCGCGCAGCCCGUGCGCGACACGGCGCUGUGGCGCUGGCGCGAGCCGCUGGUGGCGCGCGCGGACGCGGCGCUGCGCGCGCUGGGCUUCCUGCCGCCGCUGCCGCCGCACCGGUGACGCGCCGCCGCCCUCUCUUAUAGUAUUAAACUUAUUCUUAUAGUC